UGUUAACACACGUGGUGUGAAGGAUGAGUGAGUUAUAGAGAAAUAACCACCCUAACCCGUGCUGAGCAGACCCCGGCGAAGCGAGGGGCAAUUAGUUAUACCUGACAGGUGUGGAAGUCUUGAAGCUGGUGGAGAGUCACGGAUAUACAAGCAAGCUCCUCUGAAGAACACAAGACAUUUCCUUACAAUCUGUUUGUAAAACGACAACGUCCUGUCGAAAGAUUAUCGGGUGAGAUGGGUGAGAUGGUGAGACGCCUGGAGUAUGAACGCCGAGCCAAGAGUCUGGUGAAACACACGUCUCGAGACAAACUGACGGGCCGAGAGUUCACCCAACCCGUACGCGCUGCCAAUGUAAGCGUGUCAAGGUCACUGCAGAGUACUGUGAAGAAGGUGGACAACGAGAGGAGAUUGUUCAGAGAGAAAUAUUCCAAGACAAUGGGGAAUAUAUACAAAUUUAAAAGAAAUCUGUCUUCAAAAUCACUGAAUUUCACGGAUGAUAAAUUUAACAGCGAGGAUCGUCUGCUUCUACCGCCUGUCACAUCAGGGAUUCAAGAUGGCGGUGUUUUAAUGCCAUCAGACGUACAGAAGCCCAGGCUAAAUCGUCGACAGAGUGGACUGUCCAUCGCUUCAUUACUGGAGAAACAGACAAGUGGUGAAGCUAAUCCUGAAGACAGUUAUGUGCCUUGUUUCUCCGAUCUAACUUCGGCAGACUUCCCUCGCAGAGGCAGCACUUCCAUGUCAAGAAGGUCGAGUCUUACUGACGGAAGAUCAUUCCGGAUGUUGAAGGACAAGUUCACAGCUCCACAACAUCCAGAGCCGAACCCCCGCACCAGAAGGAUCCUAGACUGCAAGGCGGCAGAACACAGACGUGGAAGUCUUCUCUCUGAAAAGAUUCAAAAUCUGCAUCUAGGCGUGGAACAAGGCUAGUUGUCUCCACAUGUGGCUGUUUGUCCGUACAACAGAGCGUGAGUGAGUCUGGUGUAACGUGGCAUUGAAGCAAUAUUUCACCUGUACCUCGUCGUGUCUGCUUCAUGGGGGUGAACAGCCCGGUACGGGGUUGGCUCUUACGACAUAUUGUGGAACCUAUGGGUAUGGUGUUAACAUAUUUAGGGCAAACUGGGAACCUAUACCAUGACCAACAAACUUAAGUUUUUACUCAAAUUUCAAACUGAGUUUGACAAUUUGAAACAGCUGAAUUUUUAACUCAA